AUGUGGACCUACAUGAUGGCAGCGGCCCGAGGUGACCGGGCAAUGUCAUCUAUCUCACAGCGUCAUCAGAGCAAUCGGAAUGAUUUCGAUUCACCCAGCAUCUACCACUUCAGCCGGGUUCAGCGUCCGCUGUACAACACCUCGAACCGUUCGGGAGGCCUCUGCAAUGGGCCGAUUACGAUCAACACCACUCCGUUCGGGAGUAACACGAUAUAUCAGAACUUUAACCCGUCGACAGUGGGUAGCAUCAGCAGUGUGGCAACCACUCCAAGCUUAUCGGCAACAACGACUCCAGCGGGCGGACAGCUCAGUUCCACCGUUUCUGGUCAGCUUCCGUUCACGACCCGCAACCGCAUCGAGGUAGCCUCCGAUCAUCACAGCGGCGGUUCGAUGCCCAACAGCAGUAACAUUAACAACAACAACAAAAAUAACCACCUAAGCCAGGCUGUGAUAGAAAGCGAGAGAGGUGACUUUCUGGAAUCGUCCAGCGGCCGGGGCUCGCUGCACCGAUGGUUGAACGCGUUCCGACACAGGCUGCACAAGCGGGGCCACUCGAAGCCGCCCGAUCAGUUUCUGGAUAAGUUUUCCACCACGACCGCUUCGGAUACGCGACUGCACCAGACGGUGCCGGCACUACCCUCGGAUGGAACCUGCAGCCGGCUGUCCGUCGAUCCGUCCCUGCCGUCGCACUAUCGGUGGCUGUCGGUGGUAUCGCUAGCUGUGCUGUACAAUAUAGUGUUUGUGAUAGGACGUGCCGUUUUCUGGGAAAUCAAUCGCCAGGCGCCAGCCCUCUGGUGGACCUUAGACUAUCUAUGUGAUUUUAUAUACUUAGCCGACACGUUAGUUCAUUGUCAUGAAGGGUACCUGGAGCAAGGACUGCUGGUACGUGACGCAUCCAAGCUGCGGAAACACUACUUCUCCAAGGAGCGCUGGUGGCUGGAUGUUGUUUCGAUGCUGCCCACCGAUCUGGCCUACAUAUGGUGGGCGCCGAGUUCCUGUACCGCGACCCGACUACCCUGUCCAAUUAUAGUUAGGAUUAAUAGAUUAUUGCGUCUUCCAAGAAUGUGGGAAUGGUUUGACCGGACCGAGACGGCAACCGGUUACCCGAAUGCGUUUAGGAUAUGUAAGGUCGUAUUAGCUAUACUAGUAUUAAUCCAUUGGAAUGCGUGUCUUUAUUUCGCAAUAAGCUACGCGCUCGGGUUUAGCUCGGACAAUUGGGUGUACAACAUCAACGGGGCGAAAAAUCUCACCCUCUCCCGCCAGUACAUCUACAGCUUCUACUGGUCCACGCUGACGUUGACCACGAUCGGCGAAACGCCGACGCCGGAAAACGACGCCGAGUAUCUGUUCGUGGUGGCUGACUUUCUUGCCGGGGUGCUCAUCUUUGCUACCAUCGUCGGUAACAUUGGUUCAAUGAUUUCAAACAUGAAUGUGACCCGUGUGGAGUUCCAAAACCGAAUGGAUGGUGUCAAGCAAUAUAUGGCGUUUCGGAAGGUUGGUGGAGAACUGGAAGCGCGGGUUAUCCGCUGGUUUGCUUACACCUGGGCCCAAAGCGGUGCGCUGGACGAGGAACGUGUGUUGGCAGCCCUACCGGACAAGUUGAAAGCCGAAAUUGCUAUCCGUGUGCACAUGGACACGUUGCGGCAAGUGAGGAUAUUUCAAGACUGCGAACCGGGUUUACUGGAAGCGUUGGUGCUAAAAUUAAAAUUACAGGUAUUCAGCCCCGGGGAUUACAUCUGCCGGAAGGGUGACGUCGGCAAGGAAAUGUACAUCGUGAAGCGGGGCAGCCUCUCGGUGGUAGCGGACGAUGGAAUUACGGUGCUGGCCACUCUCGGUGCCGGUUCGGUGUUCGGAGAAGUAUCGGUGCUGGAGAUUGCCGGCAAUCGAACGGGCAAUCGGCGGACGGCGAACGUGAGGUCAAUUGGGUACUCGGAUCUGUUCUGCCUAGCGAAACGUGACUUGUGGGAAACUUUGGCUGACUACCCGGAAGCGAGGGCAUCACUGACGGAACGUGGCUGUCAAUUAUUGCGCAAAGAUGGUCUACUGGAUGAAGCGGUAUUUGCCAGUGCCCAACACCAGCAGGACACGCUGGAGAGUGGCGUAGCCAAGCUGGAGCAGACGGUGGAAAAUCUAAAUCUGCGGCUCGCUCGCCUUUUGGCCGAGUACUCUGCCAGUCAAGCGAAGCUGAAACAACGGAUCUCGCGGCUAGAGGCAAGACCGAUGUCAUCGCCGAAGCGCCGAUCGAACCAGCAGCAUCAUCAGCAUCCCAGCAGUGACGGCAGCGGAGGAUCGGCGAGUUCCAGAGGCCACCAGCUACGGUCGGCUCAGAAUCGACGCAAAUCGCACUCGUCCUCAGCGAAGGCACUUUCCAACGGCAAUAGCAGCAAGCAGAACACAUUAUGA